UUAAAAAUACAGAUAUUAUAGGCCACUUGAAAUCAAAAUCCAAGUUGUAGAAAAGUAUGAUGAUUUUGUCCCACCUCUGGCUGUGUAUUUUUGCUACCCCCUGACAAGGUCUUAAUGGCCAUGCAGAUACUGCAGUGAGGGAUCUAAUGCUUCCCAAAAAGAACAGGUUUUAGGUUUCAGCUGAAUGCCUGUCCUGAACUGGCUGACCCUACUGCCCACACAGCUAAACACUAUUUCUGGCCUGCGGGAGGUUCUGGGAGGAUGGAGAGGUGAGGGGGAGAAAGAAGACUGCUACUGGAAUUGAUGGCAGCACCAGGUUUCUUGUUAACAGGUAGGUUGCCAUACUUGGCAUAAAACCUUGGUAUUGGGAUCUUAAGGAGUCAUUGUGUAGACCUGUAUUGGUCUAUUGUUGAUUCACAUCUUGAGUGUUACGUGUUGCAGUAAAUGGGGUGACAUCAGGCUGGCUACUGGUCACCAGCUGGGUCCUACAGGCCUCCAUCUUCGGCCCAGUGCUCUUCAGCGUGUUCAUUAACAACUUAAAUGCAGGACAGGAAGGGAUACUCAGUACAUUUGCUGAUGACACUACUUUGGGAGGAGCCGUUUGCUGCCUCAAAGACAGAGAGGCCUUGUGGAGAGACCUCAACAGAUGACAGAGAUGGGCCAUCACCAUAUGAAGUCAAAGAGACAAGUGCUGGAUUCUGCACCUGGGAUGGGGCAGCCCUGGAUGUAGCAGCAGACUGAGGAGUGAGAUACUGGAAAAUAGUGCUGCAGAAAGAGGCUUGGGUGUCCUGGUCAAUGGCCAGCUGAAUGUGAGUCAGCAGUGCCCUGGCAGCCAGGAGGGCCAGCCCUGUCCUGGGGUGCAUCAGGCAUCGCCAGCCGGGCAAGGGAGGGGAUUGUCCCACUCUGCUCUGAGGUGGGACUGCCACACCUCCAGUGCUGGGGCAGUUUUGGGCACCACAAGAAAGAUAAAGAGCUUUUAGGGAGUGUCCAAACGAGGGCAAGGUGAAGGGCUUUGCGGGGCAGCCGUAUGAGGAGUGGCUGAGGUCAGUGGACAGACUGUGGCCUGUUCAGUCUGGAGCAGAGGAGAUUGAGGGGAGACCUUCAUUGUGGUCUUCCAACAUUCUCACAAGGGGAAGUGGGAGGGCAGGGACCCAUCUCUGGUGCCCGGUGACAGGACCCAAGGGAACAGCAUGAAGCUGUAUCUCGAGGGGUCUGCAUUUGCUAUUAGGAAAUGUUUUUCAACCACCCACAGGGUGGCUGUGCACUGAGAUUAGCUCAGUUGUUGAAGCGUGGGGCUAAUCCCACCAGGGUGUGGGUUCAGUCCCUGGAUGGGCCAUUCAUUUAAGAGCUGGACUUGAUGGUCCCUUGCAGGUCUCUUGCAGGUCCCUUCCAACUCAGAAUAUUCUGUGAUCUAGGAACUCAGGAUAUUCUAUGAUUCUUUUGAAAGCUUUUGUUUAGAGAUUUAAUCUUAUAAAUAUAAUCCAAAUUAAAAUAUCCAAACUAGAUCAAAGGGUACUGUGCAGAUUUGCCUUUACUGAUGUUUUUUUCAAGACCAUUAGCAACAUUCUUGCACGUUUAAAGACAGGAAUAUAGCUAUAUCACAAAAAUCUGCAGUUUAAUAAGCAUUUGUAUAUGCACUACUUACAUUACACAACAUACUUGGUCACAGCUGUUUUUUCAUAGUUUUUAGGCUUAUAAAUUUACUUGUGACAUGAUUAUUAUAAAUGGAUUAAUUACAAAUUUAUAUUUUAUGCAAUGGUAUUGGGGAGGGGGUAGGCCAAUAGAAGAGAAAACCAAGGAAUUCCCAGGGUAUUCAGUCCACAAAAUAUUUACACUGCAUUUUUUUCUUUAGCAUUGGGUUUUUCCCCCCAACUAUUACUCCUGUAAUUACAGAAACUUUUAGAUUUUGAAAAUUUAAAAAGUGAAAAAUGCUUAGUUUCAUUGUUCGGUUUUGAAGGAUUUUUCAGUCUUGACCAGGGUAGAAGCUGGUCUUUUCCUAAGAAAAACCACUAGAUGGCAUUCCAGAAGAGGACUUUGCUAAAGUUAACAAACACCAUUUUCACAUGAGAGAUAUUAAGGGAUUACAGACUUGAAUGAGGGCCAGUGCUGUCACAUGAGUAAUGAAAAUUAAUGGAUUUUGGUAAUAAGUAUUGAGCUGACCUGAGAGGAAUCAAAAUAAAUUAAAAACAAAACAAAACAAAACAAAAACCCCAAAAAACAACAACAACAAAAAAAACCCACAACAAACAAAGUCUAGUAUAAAUGAUAGUGGCAUGAAAUACUGGAGGUGGAGGGCAAGCAAAGUUGCCAGAAUAUGGUAGCAACUAUUGGAAUUCUCUCUACUCUUCUGUAACUGAGACAUUUGCUGAACUGUCUUCUUGUUCAGUUAUUUACUUCUAAAGAUGUAUUUGUCACGUGAUUUAAAACAGCUCUCCUAUAAGCCCAUUAAUUGUGCUCCAGGGGAGAGGAAGUUUUUUUCAUGGCCCACUGCUGCUGAAAUUUGAUAAUGGCCUUUUAAAACUGAGUUUCACAAAUAAAAGCAUACUGUCAUCUUCCUUUCACCAAUGCACAUCUGUGUCCUCCAUACAGGUCCUAAUUUAUUCCAAGAGGAAUAUGCUAGCAAGGUAUAAUUUGAAGGCUAACUGAUGAUGUUGCUUGAUUUUUCUCCUUUAAUUGCUGGAAAUACAUGAUGAUGCAAAGAAUUGUAUAACCUGUCGUAAUAUAGUAAGGUAAAUCGCUGCAAGCUGUAGAGUUAACAAACUUUAGAUCUUUCAAACACUUUGAGAUCAUCUGAUCGAAGUCAUGUAAAUAAAAAAGUGGUUUAUCUGCAAGGAUGGGACCUAGCAGAGGCAGAGCCUGUUACACCAGAAAAACAACUUUCCCAUGAGAGCAGAGCAAGUACUGAGGUUUUUGUAAUUCCUAACCUGCCAUCUGUGCUGCUUAACCUAUCCCGAGUGGCUGUGUUCUGAACCUGAAACCAAAACUAACAGGAGAUGAGUGAAAGCUGCUUUUAUUAUUAUUUUAAUAUUCAAAGCUUAUAUGUGAUUUCAUUAGGGGAAAAAAAAAAGAAAAAUCAUUGUGACUUGAAAAUGAGCUUGAAUGUUUAAUCAACUGUAUAACAGUGACAAAGUGACACAAAUUACAGUAUCUUUCUAUACGAUUAAUGGUGAUCCUAUUCUGGGAGUUCAAAGAAGGUUUUGUAAAAACAGCAUUAGUAGUAGUAAUGGGAAAUUUCAGUCCUUUAGAUGUGGAGCAGGCCCACGUUCAAGUGCCAAACAAGCUCUGGGAAACAUGGUAACACUGAUCAUGGCAUACAAUUAUUGAGUAUCCAUUUGAAUUCAAUGCCUGCUGAAAGGCUUUUUUUCAGGAUUCUCUUGGAAUUGCAACACAGAACUGUGUAUUUCACAUCUGAAAGUUGUAUGAUAUGACUGUCCACUUGGUUUUCUUGUAGCGUGCUGAAAACAUUUGCAGGAGUUGUGUCAGAAACGGCACCUCAAACACCAGGAAAUCCAAUUUAAUUUGGUUUUCCUUCUGAUUUGCAAGUCUUUAAUUUCCAGUUACCAGCCUCAGUCCUCACGCCACGGACUGUCCAGAGGGAACAGCACGAUUAGGCACAACCCGUGUCACGGGCAGGCACUGCCACACAGCUCGGAAGGGACCGUGUGUGGCACGAAGGCUGCCAACACACACUCACACCACCCUUUCUCGAUAUCCAAGAGUUCUGGGGGUUUAGUACAACUUCUGCUGUUUUCCACAGCAUAAGGCUAUAAGGGAAAACGGUGUUUUCAUACAUUAGUGCCCUAUGGGCUGGGACGAGCUCACACCGCCCUGGGCAGCGUGGGCACGGCCCCUGCGCGUGUGCCAGCUCUGGGGCCGCUCCAGGCCGCCAGCACGGCUUCCUGCAGGUGCUGUGGGCUGGAGGGAACCAGGGAGGGAACCUCGCUCGCCCUUUCGCACCGCUUCCCUUUCCUCUCUUCCCGACCCCGGGGCGUUAUCAGUCCGCCCGGCCCGGCCCCGCUCCCCAGUGCGCACGCUCCUGCUCGCCGGGCCCCGGCCCGGUUGCCGUGGCUACCGCGCCGCCGCCAGGGCCAGCCGCGCCGGGCCGGAGCGCCGCCGGGCCGGGAGGAAGGUUAAAAGCGUGCAACUGAAGCUUUAGGAAAUGGAAGAUGCAUCAGAUGGCUUUGAAGAUGUUACAUCAGAAGGAUCAGGCGCAGAGCAAUCACCUGCAUCCUCACAAGGAAAAGCAGUCGGAGAGGCUGGGGACCCAGCAGAGAAGCCUCUGCUUCCAGAACCUGCAGGCACUGCACUGUCAGAGGAGGGCUGGGACCAGCAGUCUCCUUCUCAAAAUUCAGUACUAUCAGAGAGUACAGCAAAAGGGACAGAGACAGCAAGCAUGAUUAAGUAUAAUAAAACACCUAGGAAGACUGGGCCUAAUUUUGAGAAUCAGGAACGUUUUCCUGGAGAGGUCAUUCAACAGGAUUACCACAUGCCUGAUGUCAUAACUGUCAGAGUACAAACAGGUUCGAAUUCAUUUCAAGAAGUAGUUGUAAAAGUUGAAAGAUCUACCUAUAAUAAACCUUUUCUGGGUGGAUUUAGGAAUGUGUCAACAGGAGUGGAAUUUCAUAAUGCAGGAUCACAAACAAAACCCAAAAAACGACCUGACAAAGGAAUUCAGUUAUUUUGUAGGGAAACACAGACGGCUGUGGAAAAAAAUACACUACAACAAACAAGAAAUACAACAUCGACACAGAUGACUAAAAUUGGCCUUUAUGUAUCAAACAUGACUGACAAACUGAUAACUCCUGGAAAGUAUUUUACAGCAGAGGAAUACCAUAAACGUAGAGUGGAAGCAGUAAUAGUAUUACAGAAGUAUUUCCGUCGUUGGCAUGCUGUAAAUUUAGUACAAAAUCUGAAGGAACAAAAGAGGUUAAGGCUGGCACGGGAGGCACAAGAAGAAUUUCAGAAAAAAUGGGAGAAAGAAGAAAAAUUGAGGAGGGAGUAUGAGAAAAAACUGAACCCUAAAACGAGAGAAGACUUUGAGCUACUGUACCAUGACUUGGAAUUAUGGAUGAAGGAGGAGACUGAGAGAAUUAACAGAACUCUUACUGGAGCUAAAAGAAAGGCAGCACUUUGUGCACUUCUGGAAGAAGAGACAGAGCUAAUUGCUUGCAUUGGGAUGCACAAACUAAAUGCCAAUGUGGAGAAUCAACAAAAAGCAAUACUGCACUUUCUGGGUAAGUGUGCACAGCCUAGGAGGUGGAAAGCAUUUGAUGGAAAAAUCACUGAAAUGGAUACACAGAACUCACUCCGUGGCAAAGAACUACUUGAAAUCUACCACAGCAUUAACACAAAGGACAUCCCAAAAGAUGAGAGAACAUCUGUGCUCUUAACACUCAAAUGGACAGUGAAGGAACAUGAAUGUAAAUUAACCCAGGAAUUAGUGGCAUUAAUUGACAGAGAAAUUGAUCUUAUGUCAAGAGAGGUGAAAGAAUGCAACUUGAAAGGACUGAGGAAAAGAAUUUGUACAUUAUUUCUCCAGUAUAUCAAAACUCCAGAGUUUAACCCUCAAGUUGCUGGCUUACUUAAGGUUCCACAAGAUCCCUUAAAGCUUUAUAAAAACGUUUACUUCUGUCAUAGCUGUGAAAAGUACUUAGCACCUACUGAGUUUCCCAUUCCUGCAAGUUCCCACACCAUUGGCAGAUGUCGCUCAUGUUACCAGCUUGAUAAUGAGGCUCGGCAACGAGAAGCAUAUUUCAAGUACAGACUUAUACUAGAAGAUCUCAGGAAGUCUGAAGUUGAUUAUCAGGAUGAUAGUAAAAUUGUUUUCUUAGUUCAGCUUCCAGAUAUGCAGUACCUGAUUGAGAACAUAUGGAAUGGCCAGUCAGCUCUCAGUGCCUGCAGUGACCUGUAUGAUUUGGUUAUGGUCAGGUGGGAUAAGCAACAUGAGUGGUCUCCAUGGAACACUAUUCUCCUCACUAAAGAAGAGGCAGAUGCACAUCUUAAGCUUUGUAACCUUCAGAAGACUUAUGAAGCUCCAUUUAUUUACAGAAUAGAACAAAAGCAUAUCCGGGCAAAACACUACUUUGCUCGGAUUCCUGCCAUGACAUCAUUUUUGCAUAGAAGUAACAAUCAGUCUAAUGCAAAUUCCUACAAAAAACAUAGUUCUUCAAAGUUAAAGAAAUGAACUAAAUUCCUAGAUUUUAAAGAAAUACACUUUUUCAUCAAUAAAAAUUGUAUUAAACAGAUCAAAAUAAACUUCUAAGGAUAAAAUAAUUUGAUCUCAUUCAGUUAAUUUAAAUGCAUUUCAAGUUUUGUAACCUCAUUUAAAAAAAUAAAAUGUUGUUAAAGAGCUUUGUAAAUUCUCAGUUUUUAGAGCAAUGAUUUUUUUUUAAUUAUUUUUCCUGCAUUGCUUGGAACAUUUUGUCUGUACUGUAAUAUUCCUGUUGGGCAAAUUCUGUUAAUUCUUUGUCACUCUUUAAUUAGAAAAUUAAUACUAUAGCACUGUAUUUAAUUUAUUUUUCUUGUCUUAAGCACAUAAAGCAGAAACCCCCUCAAGCCCUGAAUUCUUACAGAACAAUAGAAUAUAUGAACCUUUCCAGAUAUAGUCACUUUGUCCAGCAAACAUUUGUGCAAAAAAACAAUUUUACAUUUUGUAGCUCAUCUAGAUGGUCAUACUGGAACUGCCAGUAUGUAAUUAUUGUAUCCAAGAUGUUGAAAUUAUUGUAAAUAUUCUAAUUUGAGUAUUAUAAUUUGAAUAUCAUAAUUUGAAAUACACAUUUUGGACUGUUUGAAAUAUGUUUAGUUUUGAGAAGUUUGUAUUAUUUGAAGAAGUAAAUUCUCCCCAUAAUUAAAGAAGUUUAUGUUUGAUCAUGGUUACAGAGAAAAACAUAUGGUAUAAAUUCAAAAAUCCAACCAGAAGUUGCAAGGUUCUUCUUGAAACCUCUAUUAUAAGAUGUGGGUUUGACCCAGCUUUUUGCUGUAACAGAUGAAACUACCUAGGAAAAAGCAGUAGCAUUUACAAAGAGAAAUAAGGACGUAUUUGGCAGUAAACAGCUGAAAACUGAAUUGACUCCCUCAAUAGAACAUGAACUGUAGAACCAGUAUCUGGUUCUACAGUGCAUUUUAACAAGUGCAUUUUAACAUCAUUGGAACCUUUCCACUGAUUUUACCAUUAAAUUCAGAAUUUUAGUUUAAUUAAGUUCUGGAUUGUAGUUCAGUACUGCAGUAAUUGUAGAAUUGCAGCACAUGAGCCUUCCAGCUGGCGUAUGUGCUUUCUGACAUCUGAGCCUUAAGAUAGGAAUGACUGCUGAGUCUGAAUUUCCCCCAGAGUGAUAAAAGGAGUUUUGAAGUAAAUUAUGGGUUGAAUGGCAAUGAGUCAGAUAGGAAUCUGCCUCUUUAUAAAUAUUUUUCCUUCCUUCUUAAGCAUAUUUUAAAAAAGGUAAUUUACAACUCCAGAAGGGUGAUUUAAAAAAAAAAAAAGUAAGGAAAUAGUUCAAACAAAUGUGAACAGCCAGUAGUCCACUGAUUUCAAUGCAAUGCAGUAUUAGAGGUUUCUGGAAUCCCAGAAUCAUUUAGGUUGCAAGGAUCUUUAAGAUCAAGUCAUUAACCUGACACGGCCAACUCCACCAUUAAACUGUGUCUCUAAGUUCUACACCUACAUGGCUUUUCAAUACCUCCAGGUGUGGUGACUCCACCACUCCCCUGGGCAGCUUCUUCCAAAGCUUGACUACCCUUUCAGUGAAGAAUUGUUUCCUAUUAUCCAACAUAAAUCUCUUUUGGUGUAACUUGAGGCCAUUUUCUCUUGUCUCUCUAGACUCUUCACUAGCUUCACUGCCCUUCUGUGGACAUGCUCCACCACAUCAUCCUCUUUUGUUAUCCUUAGGCAACAGAUCCCCUCAUCCAGAUCAUUGGUAAAGAGGUUAAUCAGGACUGGCCCCAGUACUGAGCCCUGGGGAGCACCACUGGUGACUGUAUGCCAGAUCAAUGUGAACUCCCUUCACCAGCACCAUUAGCUCUUUCCUGGCAGUGCCAUUUAGUCACACUGGGAAAACCUUUGUUUUGUAAAUAGCUAAAAACUUGUGCUGGAAGUACAGUGAGUUGGAUGCUUGACUAAUAUUUGGAACACGCUUUGCCACAAAAUAAGUCUUCUAAGUAAUGUCAUCCUUCAAAUCAGUGUCCAAAAAAGCCCACUAUUUUUAGGAGUGAAGAAAAAAGGAGAAAAUAUAUGCAGAUAUAUUUGUGAGAUAAAUUUACUUGGUGAAGCAAAUUAAAAUCCCACUCAAUAGGCUCUUCUCGUUCCUUUUUUCCAAAGCUUUUUUCACCUCAGUUGUUCCCAAACUGUGGUUUGUGGAGAAAUAUUAAAAAGGAAACGUCAGUUUGUUUUCAGUUAAAAGUUUGCUCAUAAGUGAUAUGCUAAUCUGAGAGAAAACAAUCUGGUUAUGUUUCAAGAAGUUUUAAGACUGUUUCUGUGAGGCAGAAUACAGAGUAUUCCCACCAACUGUGCAUCUCACUUGUGUGUGAUGAAGCACAGCAGUGAAGAGGAGGCAAAGCUCAGGAUGUGAUGAUGGGGCUGACGGCGACCAGAGCGUGGAUGCAACCCGGGCGGAGUCCUGCGGUUUGUGUCGCCACGGCCAUGGGGAGGAACAGGAAGUGAGGCUAGAAACUAUGUGGCUGUGAUCCACUUGUUGCCCAGAAAUGUUUUGUAGAAACCAAGUACACCUCCUACCAGCAAAUAUUCCAUGCAAUGCAACUGCACAGAGUGGAAGGUUUGACCACAGUCCCACCAACAGCACUUUGCACAGUAGUGGUUAAAAAGGUAUAAAAUGUACUUCAAUUUUGUACCAAAUUUGUGGGGGAUGAGAAUUGGACACAAAAUUUUAAGGGAUAGAUUGACAGGCUUGUCUUUCUUGUCCUCCACAAAAAGGAUGCCUUUCGGUGAGUCUUGGAUUGUCAGUUAUGCUGAGUAUUGACACAGGAAAUUAAACUUGUGAUUGCAGUCAUAUUGUUAAUGCAAUAUAUUCUGCGGCAGCUGCUUUUGUCACCAGCAAUCCCAAAGAAGCUACAUUCAAUAAACCACGGAUUUGUGAACCCAGCUGGCUCUUCUGAAUGUGAUCAGACCUGCAGACUAUUUGUGCAUCUGAUGUAGGGCCUAGGGUGAUGUUUUUGUAACUGUGGGUGAAUUAGUUAGUGUGUCAAAUAUUGUCCUUCUGCAAAAUUGAGUUUUGUUGGAAAUUCUACAAUUCCUUUAUUCUGUCUAAGUGCUUCUGUUCCUACCUCUUGUCUUUGAGGUUUGGUUUGCUGUCUUACCUGUACACACCCUUAAACUGGCAAACACACACACUGGCUUGUUAAAGGGAACAGAUGAGAUUUCUAAUAUAUCUCUGAGGUUAAGAGGAAAAAGUACAGUUAAAUUCUGCAUUAUGUAAAGGUAACUUGGAGAAGAAAAGGAACAUGACAAUAUUUUAUUGCUACCCUUAAAAUUAUUUUUUUUCUGAGAAAUCACAUUUCAGAUUGAGUUGAUGAACAAAUCACCUUUUAUUAGGCAACUACACUAUGACAAUAUACUGUGAUUCAAGGCAAAUGAAUUUAACUGAUCUGGCUACAUGUGCUCAGAUUUAGAUGUGCAUGUCUUCUGACCUCUAUUUGUGUCAUCUUGUACAGUUUUCAUUGUGCUUCCUUAUUUUUCCCUCAACUCAUUUUAACAUAGCUCAUGACUUCUUUUGUGUAUGAUUUCUAACAUCCUGUUCUGGUGGUGAGGAGGCAUUUGUGCCCAGAGCCAAACAUGUGCCCAGGCUGCUGCUGCCUAAUGUAGUCACAAGGUGUAGAAACUGCUCAGUGUUUGGCAGGCACAGAAAAGAGUCCCAGAGCAAUUUGCUUCCGGGCAUGAAGGAAUUCUCUAAGACUGUUUUGUUCUUGCAUGGGUCUUGUGAAAUACCGAAGUUGUGUCACUACAUACUGAAAUGAUUAUAAUUUGCUUAUAAUAUAUUUGAUUAUAAUAUGUGAUCAUCACAUGCUGAAGUGAUUAUAAUUUGCCCCGACUUAAGAUAUUUUUGAUUUCUGGGGCAGCGUAGCUCCAUGCAAAAGAUAGUUUAACAAUUCUGUGUUUCAGUGGCUCUGAACAUGCCAUUUUCUCUCUCUUCCUUCUUGCUGGAAUCUGCAGUUUGUUGCGGAUUUCAAACCUGUCAACACCCAAAUGUGUGACGCCAGAUCUCAAUACAUGUGAAAAAACUAAGCUGAGGG